GUGCAUGAACAAGAGGAGAGCGUCCAGCGCAUUGACGCCAAUGUCGAGGACGCAGUCGCCUCGGUGGAGGCCGGCCACAAUGAACUUUUACGUUACUUCCGCUCAGUCAGCUCUAAUCGCUGGUUGAUGUUUAAGGUCUUUGGUGUUCUCUUCGCCUUCUUCCUCUUCUUCCUCAUAUUUAUUGUGUAA